AUGACAGAAAAACUAUUAUUAUUAUACGGAAACCAAGUGGAGAAUGGUUUUCUGGAGGAACCUCUGCAUUCUCCAACACAGAGGGAUAGCAAUGAAGAUUUAAAGAAAGAAAGCCUUUCAACUAUCAUUUUAGUUUCUGAUGAAAAAAAAGAUUUACCGGAAUCUUUCAUUUCUCAGACAGAUAAAAAAAAUAAAUUCAUGAAGAUAUUCAGUCUGAUUAUAAUGACAAUAUUGAACUCUACAAUUGUAUUAAUUAUGCGUUACCUACGGACACGCAAAGGAGACAUGUUCAUUGCAACAACUGCUGUUAUCAGAUUUGUCUACACAUUACAAAAUAAUCUAUUUUUUAUUGUCAUAUCAAAUCUGGAUGUAGCAACUGCACAGGUGCUGUACCAGUUUCGUAUAUUCACAACAUGCAUCUUCUCUGUUGUGAUUUUAGGAAAGGAAAUCAGUCGGAUCCAGGCACUGUCAAUGAUUACUCUAUUUGCAGGAAUCUCUUUAGUUCAAUUGAAUCUCAGUUCUUCCAACGAUAUCUAUACAAACAGCUUGUAUGUAGAUCACCUGUGUCAAAUCUAG